GUCUGGUAAGAUUCAGUUACCUGCAGAGCAAUUGGAGUUAGUGCUUAGAACACCCUUGUCCCAGAACAGCAACAAAAUCGAACCAAGCUGUCAGGUUCCAAAGGGAUGAAACCACAAAAGUUAUUCUGAAACCAGAGGUAGCUGUGUGCAUCUCUCAUCUGAGCAAUGGAAGAAAAGCACAUAGGAAAAGGGAAAGAGUGCGGGUACUAAAGCCACAUGCUAGACCUGUGAAGAUGUGAGCGAUCUCAGGGAAAAUCUCCUGUGCAGUUGAAGUCCAGGACCAGAGAUGAACACUUUGAUACCGUCCUUUUUGAACGUGGAGCUGCUGCUCUUUGCAGUGGCAUCUGCAAAGUUAUUCACUGAACCCCAGGAGGGCAGCCUUGCUGGAGGAACAUGGAUCACCCUGACAUUGGAUGGUCUGACAUCUCCCCAGUUACAGUUCAUGUACUCCACCAAUGGGUCUUUGCUGGAAGUGUCCCUAGUGAAUCCCAUUCUGCCUCCAGUACGGUGUGAUGUCCAUCCUGUAUAUUUCGAUGUAUCCAUCAUCAGAUGCAAAACGAGGUCCUCGCAGCAGGAGGGGCUGUACCAGCUGGAGGUGAUUGCCAAUGGGCAGGUGAUAAGCAACCUGGGUGGGAUGCCUUGUGACAACUGCACUUUCAAGUUUUCUAUUGCACAGACACCUGUGGUUUACCAAAUUAAUCCACCAUCUGGAGUCCCAGGAAACGUAAUACAAGUCUGCGGGCAGAUCAUUGCUGGAAGAUACGAAACCAUUGACUUCAAUGUUGACUAUAUUGAUGGCCCUGUUAUCCUCGAGGCAGAAGGAGACGGAUGGAUCAGCCUCUGUUCUUUUGCCAACAAGCAAACGAGAAGCAUCUAUCCCAUUCAGAUGGAUCAUGGAACGGGGACCUUACAGUGCCGUGUAGAAGGCAGCUAUAUUGGUUCGCAGAACGUUAGCUUUUCAGUGUUUAACAAAGGAAAGUCGAUGGUACACAAGGAUGCUUGGCUCAUCAGUGCCAAACAGGAGCUUUUCUUGUAUCAGACAUUCUCAGAGAUAGCAUCUGUGUUUCCAGUCUCGGGAAGCCUAGGAGGAGGAAGUGACCUCAUGAUCACAGGAGACUUCUUUGACCAGCCUGUGCAGGUCACAGUUGCAGGUGUUCCCUGUGAAAUCAAGCACUGUUCUCCCCGGAAGAUUACCUGCACUACUGGACCCAUUGAUGAAACCAGAAGACUUGCUGCACCCCAAGCAGGAAACAGAGGGCUUCUCUUUGAAGUCUGGGAUGAUGCAGCAGGCACUGAUCUAACUGAAACAGCCCCUGGAUAUAGAUGGCAGAUUGUUCCUAAUGCCAGCUCUCCAGAAAGAUUUCUCUCUCAGGCACAGCAGUCAUUCAGCUCACGACUACGUGGAUUCUUUGUGGCACCACAGACAAAUAAUUACACCUUCUGGAUUCAGGCAGAUGGCAGGGCUUCCUUGGACCUAAGCCUGUCAGAAGACCCAGGAAAAAAGGUGAAAGUUGCCUUUAUUCCUGCUGGUGCUUCUGAAUGGUCUGAGCACUGGGAGAAGAACUGGAGCAAGAGUUGGCAGCCAAAAUCCCAGAAAUUUGAGCUGAUGCGUGGCUCAAAGUACUACCUGGAAGCGCUGCAUCAUGGGAAGGCACCAAGCAGUGGGAUGCGAGUUGGGGUUCAGCUGCACAACACCUGGCUAAACCCUGAUGUGGUGAAUACCUAUCGCAGAGAGAGGCACGAAAUCCGGGCCAGUGCCCACCGGCUUCCGGAGAUACAGAUGCUGACUUUAUCCGGCACAGGAUGGUUCCGUAUUUCCUGGGACAAUGUAUCCAGCAACAUGAUGGCAACAAAUGCUACAGCUGAUCAGGUCCAAACAGUGAUCGAGGAGCUUCUUUCAGUAAAAUGUGAAACUGAGCCACUGUCUGCUAAAUUCCUUCUCCGGAAUGGAUUUGAGGAAGGCCAGAGAGACUCUGCCACUGAGGGACAUGUUGCCAGCUGGACAGAACCCUUUUGUGGAAGGUUCAGUAUUCACAGGCCAAAACAUCUUGUAAAAAUGUCUCCAUCAACUUUACCAAGAUACAACCUCACUGAGUACACACAUGUGUGCUUUGCAUAUAAAGGUUACGUGAGCGAUACCCUUUAUGUUUCGGUGUCCUAUAUCAACACCUUUCUAAAUACGGUGAAGAAGAAUCUUACUUGCCUGUGGAGUCUCAAUGAGACCAGCCCAGAAAGCUGGAAGUUCACGUGUGCUGAUCUCUGGAGGGGCUGUGUGAAUGGCUCUGAAUCCCUCCGGGACCUUGAAGCCAACUCACCGGUAUUUGUGCAUCAGAUCGACAUGCUGAUCCCUGAAAGAGAGGAGGAGACAUCUGGCUGGUUUUACCUUGAUGAAAUUAUCGUCUCAGAUAGAAACGUAGCUGUUUUUCAAAGGGAUCCCAGACCAGCUCGUCCGGGUGGAAAUGUUAUCCAAGAAGUAUCUGUGGUGGGGUCUCCCUCAACCUACAACGUGUCCUUUCUGGUGGCUGGCUGUGGCAGCAAUCUCCCUCUUCUGUCACUGAGAGGAGCUUUGCCCUCGGAGGGCUCAGAAGAGGAUCACCUGGCUGUGUCCACGGAAGGUGCAAAUGUCAGUCUGACAGUUCAGAGACUGCAAGCUGCAUCCCCACCCAUUGGCGGGACUUUCCGGAUCCUGCUGCCCAAUACAGUGAUAUCAGGUGUCCCGGUGCAUGUCUCCUCCCAUCACCUCCGUGAGCUCCUGCAAUGCAACUCAGAUAACUCCACAGGCCAGUACCUCAAUGCCAGUGAUUUCACUGUGACCAAGGACGUGAGCACUUGUUACCAAAAUGUAUGGACACUGACCUGGAACUCCAUGACUGGUGACUUGCCCAUUGUUAUUGAUGUCUCUGUUGAAAACCUCACAGGACUUAACCCAACCAUUGCAGCUCGUGUGGUUUAUGAUGGCGGCGUAUUUAUUGGACCAAUAUUUGGAGACAUGCUAGCUACCGCCAAUAACCACACGCAGGUGGUGGUGGUGGUGAAUGAUGUCCCAGCAAACUGCUCUGGUUCAUGUGCCUUUCAGUAUUCUCCGGAAGCAACCCCUUUAGUCAGCCAUGUGGAGUAUUCACCAGCUGAUGGACUCCACACCAGAGUUUAUAUCACAGGGUCUGGCUUUGCUGAGGACAGCCAAGCACUGCAGAUAAAGGUGAACCACACAACCUGCCAAGUCGCGACUUCAAAUCAAACGGCUAUAGUUUGCUGGAUGAACGUGUUACCAAUGGGACUGUACCAGGUUACAUUACUGGUGAGACCUUAUGGCUUUGCUCGCAAUGCCAGCAAAGGACAGGGCAUCUACCUGAGAGUUAGGCCCAGGCUGGAAGCUAUUGAACCUCCGACAGCGUCCGAGAUUGGAGGGUGCUCAGUGAUCCUCCGAGGGACUGGUUUUGACGGGAUAAGCGAGGUGUUGUUUGGAUCUCACUCUUGUCCAAUUAAUACCAACACCAGCAACUCAGUGAGGAUUGAAUGUGAAGUUCCCUCUCGGGGGGAUGAAGAAUAUGUUGUCCCUGUGACACUAACCGCUGGGUCCCAGUCUGCCACGUUCACUGAGGUGUUUAAGUACGAUCCUUCUUUAAAUCCAGCUGUUGUAUCACUGAGCAGAAACAGAAGCAUCACAGCAGGGCCCCAGUCACUCCAGAUUGGAAUAUCUUCAUUCGCAAAUUGUACUGGCCUGGAUGUACAGGUGAAAAUUGAGGACACUGUGGCACAGAUCCAAGCACGAACAGCCUAUGGCAUCGAUGUAGUACUGCCUGCCAUGGCAGAUGGAUGGUACAACCUUUCUGUCAUCAUCAAUGGCAUUGCAAUCGGCUCACAUGGAGUUGAUCCGUUCAUCCAGUACAACACUGAGAUCUUCAGCAUAGAGCCCUGCUGUGGCUCCAUUCUGGGUGGAACAAUCCUCACAAUCUCUGGAAAAGGCUUUAGCCAAAACCCUACCCUGGUUUCAGUCUUUAUAGGCACGCAAACCUGUGAUGUUACCCGCUUGGUGGAAGAGACAAUAUGGUGCCAGACCCCACCGGCUGCUGACUUCUCUAAUAUAGAGUCCCAGGACAUCUCUGUACUUGUGGGGAUGUUCAUUGGUAACAGAUCCUCUCCACUCCUUCCCUCCUGGAGCUUCCCAAAGAGGAAUAUCACCUUUACUUACCAGAUGGCUUUGACUCCGGUAGUUACCUCUGUGGAAGUAAACAUGAUGAAUGACAGCCUGUGGCUGAGCAUAGAAGGAAUAAAUAUAACUGGUUCAGUGGCUAAGCUGGGAGACUCUGAAUGUGAGCUGGAGUUUCAAUGCGACAAUGAAUCCAGAACCCUUUCUCAAUGCUCCUUCCCACUGAGCACUCUGGAACCUGGAAUCUAUCCCGUCAGAGUUCUCCAGAAGCAGCUGGGUUAUGCCAACAUGACAGCAACACUGCAGAACAUUACAUUAGUCCCAGAGGUAAAGGCCAUAAUUCCAUCACAAGGUUCAGCUUGUGGUGGGCUGUUGUUCACUAUAUCCGGUCUUGUUCUAAAAUCUAGGAGGAAUUCAGUUUGCGUGAGCCUGACGGGUAACUAUACUUGUGAGAUCCACAGUGUGGAUUACAACAGGAUCAUCUGUGCUCUUCUUCCAAGGGAACCUCCUCUGGAUGACUGGUGGUUGCCUGAUGCCUCUCAAGCCCUUAAUGUCACAGUGACGGUAAAUGGAAUCCAGAGUGUCUGCCCCACAGGCUGCACACUCCACCUUCUGAAAGAGUGGACCCCUAAGGUAGAUGCUGUGGUCUGGGAGAUCAAUGGGAUAUUGUCAUCUCUGCUGAUCAGAGGCCAGAGAUUAGCUUUGGCAACUGAUGAACUUGUGAUACAAGUGGACAACCGUGAUCCUUGUAACGUAACUUUCUGGAAUGAGACCAGCAUACAAUGCCAGACAGGCAGCCUUUCCCCAGGGGAGCACAGCCUUUCUGUGUCCAACAGAAGAAGCGGGCAUGCUUGCUUCAGCAGGGAAUCCCGUACCUUCACCGUCAUUCCUUGGGUGCUCAAAUUUUACCCCCAAAAUUUCAGUACCAAUGGUGGGGGCCUUCUUGCCAUACAAGGGGCAGCACUGAAAGGAAGGAACAGCACUUCCGUUCUUGUUGGGAACCGACCCUGCCUCAUUACAGAUGUCAGCUAUGUGGUUCUCCAGUGCUCUGUUCCUCUGGGCAAUGGGAUCCAUGCUUUAGAUCUAAAAAUAGAUGGCAUCUUGUACCACCUUGGUGAAAUAAGUUACAGUGAAGAGUUCACCCCCAUUUUCCUUUUCCUUCUGCCUCCGGUGGGUCUCCUUUUAACAAUGACUGUGUCACGGAUCACGGGGGUGGAAAGCAUGCACAUUUCCAUUGGGGACUCCCCCUGCACCAACAUCACUGGCAAUCACACCACUUUGCAAUGCUCGGCUCCCCGGCUUCCUGCUGGAGAAUACCGGGUCCUCGGCGGCGACUUCCUCCGAGGCUGGGCUUCGUCAAACUUGACAUUCACCUCUCAGUUUACUGUCACAUCGACACGCAACAACUGGGGUGGCCUGGGUGGAGGGGCAGUGCACGUGCGCGGCACUGGGUUUGCUCCAGGAAACACCUCCGUAACCAUCUGUGGCGCUCCCUGUGAAAUACUAGGUGACACAACGACGACCGAUGUGAGCUGCCUGGCCCCGCGCUUGGACGCGUCCUUGGCCGUUCUCUGUGGCCUGACCCAUCCUUCAGAAGACUGCAAAGGAGCUGGGACCACAUACAUCCAGUGUGACGUCCAUAUCACAGCAGGAGCGUACAGCCUAGCAGAAGCCAGGCCUUACAUAUACCUGUGUGACGACGACUCUCUGCUGGAUAACAGGACAAAAGUCAACUCACCCCAGGCGCUUUUUGCUGGCCUCUUUUUCAGCCCUAAAGUGGAAAGAGAUGAAGUUCUCAUCUAUAAUAGCUCCUGUAACAUUACCAUGGAAACUGAGGCAGAGAUGGAGUGUGAGGGAGCUAAUCAGCCAAUUACCGCCAAGAUUACUGAGAUACGGAAAAACUGGGGCCAGAACACUCAGGAGCAAAAGCCCAGGGCUGAUUUGGGUCUUGCUCGCACAGCCCUUCACAAGCACAAAUCCGUCAGGGGCCCUGAUCCUGCACCUGACUCGCCUGGAGCCUCGUUGACUAAUGAGGCCCCAAGCUGCUGCACGGAGGUCGACCGGUGUGGAGCUAAUACAGUGUGCGCCGCUGGUUAUGGCUAUUUCUUUCAUCUCUCGCCUGAGGGACCAUCACAAACUCCUCUUCUCGCCUUCAGUAAGAACACAGCCCAUUCCUGCACAAGGUACGGUCUCCUGGUGUAUCCAGAAUACCAGCCCAAACGUGCAGAUGGCCUGGGCCCAGUUCUGUUCCAGAGCUUCACAGCCUGGAGAAAUCAAGGCGGUGCUCAGAUUUUUAGCAGCCGCAACCUGGAACUCCGAAAUUUCCAGAUCUAUGCUUGCAAAGAUUUUGGAAUUGACAUCGUAGAAAGCCUUGGAAACACCACUGUUGCUAACAGCUUAUUACUUGGACACCUUGGUCAAAAGGACAGUAGCUGUAUGUCAGCAGGGCUGAAAACGCCCCAAAGGCAUGAACUGUUGGUUUCCAAUACAUCUUUCAUGAACUUCGAUAUGAGCACCUGCACUGCAAUCAGCACCUGUUCUGGCUGUUACCAAGGCCAGGGCGGAUUUACAGUGAGAGCUGAACGGUUGGCAUUCCUGAAUUCACCCAACCAGGCAUCAUUCCCGUUUCCCCAUUCGGCCAUCCUCGAAGAUCUGGAUGGGUCCCUCACAGGACAGGAAGGAAGUCACCUUCUUGCUUCUAUGGACACACUUGCAGCUUCCUGCCUGGCCAGUGCUAACUUCAGUCACGCUGCUAGGGGGAGUGUUUGUGGAAGGAACGUUAUUUUUCACCGUAUGUCUAUUGGUUUAAAAGAGGCUCCAGACUUUCCUUAUAAUUUAACCGUGACUGAUAGUAAUAAUAAGACAACCACAGUCCAUUAUGUCUCUGAUACUUUAUCAAACCCCUAUGGUUGGAUGGCUCUGCUCUUGGACCAGGAGACUUACACACUGACUUUUGGUAACCCUUUUGUCAGCAAACAACUGCAGUACUCGGCUACGUUCGAUAACUUCAUUGCUGGGAAUUACUUACUGGUGGAACAUGAGAACCUCCCAUCCUAUGUUGAGGUCAUGGUGUUCUGUGGGACAAGGCCUGGUCAGCUACUCCAGUCACUUCCUUCACAUGAUCAGAACAAGGGCUGUGACUGGUUUUUCAACAGCAAAUUGGGGAAGCUAACCUAUUUAGUUACAGGUGAAGACCUAGUCCAAGUAACACUCAAAGGAGAAGAAAGAAUCCCUCUACCUGCACCAGCUCCAGUUUCUCCUCCUGACAUCAUUUUGAAAUGGUCAUUCCCUGAAUCAUGGAGUGGAGUGAAAAAAGGCUGGGGUGGAUACAACCACAGCAUUCCCGCCCCUGGUGAGGAUGUCAUCAUCUUGCCUAACAGGACCAUCCUGGUGGAUACAACUCUUCCUCCUCUGAGAGGUCUCUAUAUACUGGGGACUCUGGAAUUCCCAGUCAACUCCAGCAAUGUCCUUAGUGCCACCUGUAUAGUGGUUGCAGGUGGUGAAUUGAAAGUGGGUACUUUUCAACAUCCCCUAGAAAGAGGAAUGAAGCUAUUGAUCCUUCUUCGGGCAUCUGAGGGAGUUGAUUGUGAUCGUUUGGAUGGAAUCAGUGUCCACCCAGGAACUGUUGGGGUUUAUGGGAAGGUGCAGAUUCAUAGCGCUUAUCCUAGGAAAUCCUGGACACAUCUUGGAAGUGACAUUGCACCUGGCAAUGAAAGGAUUUGGGUCGAGGAUGAAGUGGACUGGAGUCCUGGUGGACACAUUGUCAUCAGUUCCUCCUCCUACGACGCUCACCAAGCUGAGGUGGUCACACUUAAAGAAAUAAAUGGUCAAAGCAUUAGAUUCCAGGAACGUCUCCUCCACAGGCAUACUGGGUGUUCCCAUAGCAUAGAAGAUGGCAGACGUGUUCCGUUGGCCGCUGAGGUUGGGCUCCUAACACGCAACAUACAGAUUAAGUCAGACAUGGCUUGCUCUGGGAGGCUUCUGGUGGGACGCUUCAGAAAUACCAGUGGAACAGAAUUUGCAGGUGACCUUCGGCUCUCAAACAUUGAAAUUCUGAACUUUGGACCAUCACAGCUUCCAGCCAUUGGCUUCAGUAACAUAUCUUUGGGAUCCUCAAUUAUCUCUUCCAGCAUUCACCAUAGCUGUGGGGGUGGCAUUCAAGCAGUGACAAGCAGUGGAAUCUCAUUGCGUGACAACGUGGUGUUCAACACGGUUGGCCCUGGCAUUGACUUGGAAGGCCAAACCCAUGCUCUCAUCAGGAACCUUAUCAUUCUCAGCAAGCAGCCAGAGGGGUUACCAAACUGGGUUGCUGGCAUCAAAGUGAACAAAAUAGAUGGCUCUUACCUGCUUGGCAAUGUCGUGGCAGGUUCGGAGCGUAUAGCCUUCCACAUCAGAGGUCAAGAAUGCUUCCUAGCUGGAGAGUAUUGUGCUGAAAAUGUGGCCCAUUCAAGCCUUCAUGGUGUUCAUUUAUACAGAGGAGAUGGGUUUCAAAACUGCACCAAAAUCACUGGUUUUCUGUCCUACAAGAAUUACGACUAUGGAGUCAUGUUUCAGCUUGAGAGCAGUGUAGUGAUGGACAAUAUGAUGCUAGUAGACAAUGCUGUGGGUGUUCUGCCAGUGGUGUACAGCCCAUCUGCUAAGCAGUAUCGUUUGGGGAAAAAAUACAUAGAACUUAGAAACUCUGUCAUUAUUGCAACAAGCUCAACUUUUGACUGCAUUAAAGACAGGAUCAUGCCCCUUUCAGCUAACUUGACUUCCAGGGAUCGAGCUCCAUAUUAUCCUCAGAGAGGGCGCGUUGGGAUUCUGUGGCCUUCAUUUGCCUCUGAACCAAGCCAGUGGCCUGAUAAUCCAUGGCACAAAAUAAGAAAUUAUGCAGCAGUAUCAGGAAUCAUGAAGCUACAAGAAGUCACCUUUACUGGUUUUACGAAGAGUUGCUAUAGUGACGACAGAGAUGUCUGCAUUAUGUCAAAUCCUGACAGCGUCGGCAUCAUGUACCCAAUCACAGCAGAGAUGACAAGGAUGUUACAUGUCCAUGAGCAGAAUAAGUUCUACUUUCAUACAUUGGAAACAAGUAUCAAUGGAUCCAAGGACUUUGAAUAUCUUGAGAUGAGAUGUGAAGGCUCAAGAAAGGCUCUCUUCAAGGAUCUGGAUGGAAGUGCCCUGGGCCUACAGCCACCUGUGUCAGUUUUCCCAAAGUCUAAGUCUGAAUGGACAGAGUCCUGUUUGCACGCUGGCAUUUACAGAGAAGACACAAAGUGCAUCUACAAGCCCUCUACGCAAGGCUACUUCUGCAAAGACACAGACCACGCACUCGUGAUCCUAGAAAGCUUGGACACUGAAGCAGACGGAAGGAGGUCGUCUCCAGUGGUAUCGGUGACUGGCAGUUUUGUGGAGGCUUUCAGUAGUGGAGUUUCACGUGUAUCUUGCUGUCCUUCAGAACAUCCACCAGCUUUCUAUUCGGUCUUGCCAUCCAACAAGCUGACUAAGGUUUGCUUCACUGGUCUAACGCCUCCGAGCUUAAGACUCCGCCUCAUCAGUGGUCAGAAUUCUACCAGACUUCUCAUAGCCAUCUUCUACGAUGAACCCCGUAGCCUUCACGUUUUCAUGAACGGGAAUUACAUUCCACUAGCCUCAUCUUCUUCCAGCACUUUCUUAACUAAGGCCAUGGCAGGCGCCCACUCCUUCAGCUUUGAGAACAACCUUCUCUACAUCCUCCUUCAUGGAGAUGACCCCAUAGAAAUAUACACCAGCUUUUCCCUUCACACUGCUUUUACCAUUGCUGAGACCAUUGGAGAGGAGGGUCAGAGAAGGGUGGUCCAUCGCCUGGCUGAUUUCUUGCAGAUUGGACGGGACUAUGUCAGAAUAGUUCAGAGUGCGCCAGGGAGCGAGAGCACGUUAAAGGUUAUCUCAGACAAUGUUGGCAAGAAGACGCGUGAGUGCCCUCCCAUGACACCUUGUACAGCCUUUUCUAGCAGGGCUGGCUGGGAGAAAACCCAGACAGGAGCAGCAAGCGUUUGGGUUCUGCAGUCAUCUCAUGCGGCUACCCCAUUGAGAGUGCUGAUCAUUGAAAUUGGAGAGCCACCAGGCCUUUUCAGAAAUAAGCUUGUUCCCUCCUUGUCGAGAGACAGGUUGAAGAGCUUGGCCAGCACUGUUAUCAACGCUCAGCAGACUGGAGAUCUUCAGCGAGCCCUGGAGUUACCAAUUGAUACUUUAAUGGUGACACAGUCUGCUUUGUCAUCGCCACUAGGGGGCAGUGCCGGAAAUGGAAGCAGUCUAACUCCUGGAGGCUGCCUGUAUGUGAGGCCCUAUAAUAUCUCUGUCCUGGUACAGCCGUCUGAUGGAGAAAUGGAGAAAGAGCUUCCUGAACAGCCACAAAUUAUUUUUUUGGAUAAGCAGGGUCGGAGAGUUGAGGCAUUAGGUCUGCCCUCAGAGCCAUGGGUCAUGACAGCCUGUCUCAAGGGCUCUUCGGAGGCUGUGUUGAAAGGGCACACCAGAGUAGAGGUUCGAGAUGGACGGGCUAGCUUUACGAACCUGGCAAUCUCCAAUUCAGGCUCAAACUGGUACCUCAUUUUCACUGUUAUUUCACCUCCAGGUGCUGACUUCACUGUUGAGUCCCAGCCAUUUACCAUCUUCCCUAUCCCCAAGGGAGAGAAAUCCAUCACGGUCCUUGCUGCUGUGCUGGGCUCAGUGGCUUCAGUGCUAGUUAUGGGUCUUCUUGUAUUCUGCUGGUCCAAGAAAAGCAAAAGUUUCAAAACAAAGAUUGAACAGGCUAAUGUACCACAAGCAAAGAGCAAUAUGAAAUCCUCCCAGAUCCCGCCACAGCAGCGUUCAACUCGUGCCAAUCUGCACCAUGCCCGGGAAGAGAACAAAAGAGACAUUGCUGGGAUAGAAGGAGAUAUGGAAGCAAAUGGAGUACCAGGAAACACCGCGAGACAGAUAAAGGAGUUGCAUCAACAGACGGUUAAAGCCAUGUCAAUGCGGAAGAUAAGUACUGUUGAACAUAAAAGGAAGAGUAGAGAGAACUUAUCCAUGACUAGGAAACAUGACAGCAGCCGUCCAUUACAUGGAAGAACAGCUCUGUGGGGUUCUCUGGAACUUCAGCAGCAUGGCGCCAAGGAGUUCUGUGACUGGAAGGAUACCCAUCAGCAGCUGUUUGCUUGCACCCGUGGAAAAGAGAUGGGAGGAGGGGAACCUGUGCCCCAGAAUGUGAACAGAGAGAGGCAGGAGACUGCUGUGGGAUCUUGAGGAGAUGUGUAAGGGAAAGGAUGAGCUGUGGCACCAUCAACAUGAAACAUUUUCGGGAAGGGAAUCUAUUGGAACAUGGGAACUUGAGAUGCUUCUUCCACUAGUGUGGUCAGAAAAAGCAUGUUAGCACUGGACACUUGCAAACAUUUUAGGACAGUUAACAGUGAAGACAUGUUCUUAGUGGUUAAAGCAGUACAUCUUAUCUGUCUAUCAUUUGUUAUCCUGCUCUCCUUAGUCCCUGAUUUAGCAAAGUACUUAAAUCCAUCCCUAUUCAGAAAAGCAGGUGCAUAUGUACCACUUCAUUGUGGCUUAAGCAUAUGCUUCAGUACUUUCCUGAAUAGAGAUGGAUUUAAGCAAUGGCUUAAAACUCAGAAGCUGCUCUGCUGAAUUGGGGGCUUACCCUGUGAACCCCUAAGGACAGCAGCCUUCCCUUCUUGAAUGUUUGGAAAUACCUAGCACAUCAUGGCCACUGCCAUUAUUGUUAAUAAUAAUAAUGAACUGGGAGGCUGGUCUGAUUCAUAGAUUCUAAGCCUUGUGAUCAUCUAGUCCAGGGAUCGGCAACCUUUGGCACAUGGCCCAUC